ACUGAACUGUUCAACACUGACGUGAUCUAACUGCCAGGGAUCGAGUCGCUCAGUUACUGCCUUGCCUUUGUGUUUGUGAGAGAGUGGGGCGAGUUUUAUGUAAGAAUCACUCUACAGUAUUGGCGACUUGGCAGAGAUUACCAUUUGUUAUCAAGAGUAGAGUAAGAUAAGCGUUUGAUGAGAGGUGGUGGUGAGCAGUGUACUUGUGUUCACUGCUGGUGAAGGUUGUGUUCACUCCUCUCCUGCCUCCACCACCACCACAACCAACACGGAAGUCGACUAACACACAGUUCACCUUAUAAUAAACUCCAACAUUUCGGUGCCUCUCAGUUCAGCCUCUUGUGAUUGUAGAAUGGGUGACUUUGCCAUCAGUCUUGGUGUGAACAUCAUCCGAGCGGGAGUGUGCAUAUAUGACAUAAUCACCUAUCCUAUAUAUGCUGUUAUUCAGCAGCCAUGGAAAGAAAGAAAAUUGAUGAGACGUAUAAGGGCUGAGCAACAACCUGUGUCAGAAGGAUUGUGCUAUCAUAAUGCUGAUCCACUUAGCGAGUUUCAACUGGAAAUUCGUAAGGCCAAUAUCACUACGAUUGAGCGUGCCCUUUCCUAUGCUUGCAAAAAACACAGUGGCAAAAAAGCACUUGGAACCCGACAGAUAUUGCGAGAGUUUGAAGAAGUUCAAAAGAGUGGCAAAGUGUUCAAGAAGUAUGAACUUGGAGAAUAUUCUUGGCUCACAUACACUGAAGUUGAUGAGAUGGCUCGAAAUUUUGGCAAAGGUUUGCGUGCAGUUGGACAUCAUGCCAAAGAUAAUAUUAUAAUAUUUGCAGAGACAAGAAGAGAAUGGCUAAUUUCUGCUAUGGGCUGCUUCAAGCAAAAUAUUACAUUGUGUACUUUAUAUGCUACUCUUGGAGAUGAUGCAGUUAUUCAUGGUAUUAAUGAAACUGAGGCCACUCAUAUCAUUACAUCUCAUGAUUUGCUGCCCAAGUUUAAGGUCCUCCUCAGUCGGUGCCCUAAAGUGACGCGCAUUACUUACUUCCGUGAUCAGCUCAAACCCACUCUUGUUACUGGCUACAAGAAAAACAUCGAAUUCAGUUCCUUUGAAGAAAUCGUUAAAAAAGGAAAAGCAAGUGACUUCUCAGAUAUGCUACCAACUCCAGACGACACAGCCAUCAUAAUGUACACCUCCGGCUCAACUGGAGCUCCUAAAGGGGUCGUGUUAUCGCAUUACAACCUUGUGAACUCUAUCAUUGGUUAUGCUGUAGGACUUGGCAUAAGAAAGGAUGACGUUUAUUUGGCUUUCCUUCCACUAGCACAUGUCCUAGAACUCAUGGCAGAGUCUAUGAUGAUGAUGUUUGGCGUGCCUAUGGGAUACUCCACAGCUUUAACAAUGACAGACAGAUCCAGCAAAAUCAAACGUGGCACCAUGGGAGACUGCUCUAUUCUCAAGCCCACCAUGAUGGCUGUUGUACCUUUAAUCCUUGAUCGCAUCUACAAAGGCAUCCUGGAGAAGGUAGCAUCUCAGGGACCCUGGCUAACAAAGCUGUUUGACUUUGGUUUGGAGUACAAAAUGAACUGGAUGAAGCGAGGCUGGGAAACCCCAUUUUGCAAUUGGUUUGUGUUCAGGAAGAUUCGUGCAUUAUUAGGAGGAAGGCUGCGUAUAGUGGCUGUUGGAGGGGCGCCGCUUUCUCCCGAGACACACGACUUUGUACGAGCGAGUCUCGGUGUGCCGGUCUUACAGGGGUAUGGCCUGACUGAGUCGUGUGGGUGUGCGACACUCAUGGACCAGAAUGACAUGUCCACUGGUAAAGUUGGUGCUCCUCUGCAAAUAUGUGAUGUUAAACUUGUUGACUGGGAAGAAGGGAAUUAUAGAAUCACAGAUAAACCAAAGCCUCGUGGUGAAAUUAUGAUUGGAGGAGCAAAUAUUGCAGUUUGCUACUAUAAAAAUCCAGAAAAAACAAAGGAAGAUUUCUGUGAUGAAGACGGUCGUCGAUGGUUUCGUACUGGUGAUAUUGGUGAAUUUGACAGUGAUGGUUCACUGAAGAUUAUAGAUCGUAAAAAAGACCUUGUGAAGCUGCAAUUUGGAGAGUACGUUUCACUUGGGAAAGUGGAAGCCGAGCUAAAAGUGUCUCCUUAUAUAGACAAUGUGUGUAUUUACGCUGACCCUACAAAGAAUAAUAUUGUUGCUAUUGUCAGUCCUGUGCAAAAAAAUCUGGAAGACUUGGCACGUUCUCUAGGAAAGCAAGAUCUUCGUAGAGAGAAGUUAUGUUUAGAUGCUGACAUAAACAAGGCUAUACUAGAAGAACUUCUGGCAACAGGAAAGAGAGCUAAGUUGGAGAAGUUUGAGUUACCAAGUGCAGCAUAUCUGGCCACAGAAUUGUGGACUCCCGACACUGGUUUGGUAACGGCUUCAUUCAAGCUCAAGCGGAAAAGUAUUGAAAUAAAAUAUAAAAAUGAAAUACACCGGAUGUAUGCAUCAUAGAGUUCUAAUGUAUUCCUUGUAAAUUAAGUAUUAGGAUUUGUUUAUAGCUUAAAUUGAAAAUUGUGCCAGUUAUUGUAUAAGUUAUUUCAUCUUAUAAUAAUUGUGGUAGUACAAUAAUAAACUUCACUGAUUUACAGGGUGGUAUUGUUUUAAUUAUUUCAAUUUUAAUUUUUUUCUAUUUCCCAUGUACAGUCAAAAGUUUUUUGACUCGGUUCCCACAUCUUAAAUGAACAAAUAAAUUUUUUCCUGCUUCUUUUCCUUGUUUUGUUAUGGACAAUUGUUAGCAGAGUUUGUUAGCACAAGUGCAAUAGUUGCCUUUCGUUACUCUCUCUAUGGGUUAUGGCUGGAAUUGUAGCCAUAAUAAACUAAAAGAAGUAGGUAUGGAACAAGUCAGGAAAGUGUUAAAAGUGGCUGUGCUUUGGUCCAUAUUAACUCAGGAAGAGCUAUUUUAGGUCCAGAUUUUCUGUAACUAUUUGAAAAUGAAUUAACAUUUUUAUGUAUUUCACAAUGUGAUGAUCAGCUGAAGAAUGAAACUUUAUAAGGGCAUUCUCUUAAAGAUUCUCAGUUGCUCAAGGCAAUUAAUUUAGGUCAUUUACCAUAUUUUCAAUAGUAUAAUUGAGUUAAAUAUUCAAUAUUGAAGGUACAAUUUGUACCAUACGUUUCAGUAACAUUUUUUUAUCAUCAGCUAGUUUCCUGCCUUAAUUAAAAGUUUAGAAAAGUCAAAUUGUAAUUUUUUCUAUCUAGUUUAAUAAUAAUCAGCAUCAUAUAAUGCAGACCAGUUUACAAAAACAAAGGUUAUUGAUGGUGAAGAAUAUUACUCGAAUCCCUAUCAUUAAGAUGCCACAGUCGGUGUCCUUAAUCUGAGAUUGUCUUUUUUCUAUAGUAACACUACGGAUUUUAUUAUGUGCAAAAGUCAGUUAAAGUUUUGUGGACUGUUGUCAUUCACUAUUGUCAUGCUAAACCUCGACUGCUUUGAGGUCUAUCCCAUUUAUCUAGGUUAUUAUAUGAUCCUUUCUUGGGACAAUAACAAGCCCAGCACAUUCCUCUAUCAUGAUAAAACAUGAAAUCCAUGAAAGUUGUCCAUCAGUCCACUCACUUUGGUAUACCCUAAAUCUCUUCAGUCAUUCCCUCAGUUUAUCCCUAAGAUAUCAGCACUACAUUUAUAAGUCCUGUAGCAUUUCUUUGUGGCUAUCUUGUUUAUUUCUCCAUCCUCUUUAUUUAUAAUUGUGUGUGUGCACGUGUGUGGAAAUCCUUUGAUCCACAACUUUAUAAUAUGAACAGUUACUGCAAGUAAUGUUGGGUUUGCAUUAAAAUGACAAUAAGAAUGAUGCCAGAAUUGACAGGGAUUCUGAAUAAAGUUCCCAAUUGGUAAAGCAUGCUUAAAAGCAUAGGUCAGAAACUUGGUCUUUAGCACUUGUUGGAAGUUAUAAUAAUAUAUAAUUAUAAUAACUACAACUUAAUUUACUGUAAUUUUUUAUAUAAUUUAUUUACUGUAGCUCUUAUAAUAAUAUAUAAUUAUUAUAACUACAACUUAGUUUACUGUAAUUUUUAUAUGUAAUUUAUUUACGGUAGCUCCUAUUUGUUUCAAAUAAAAUUGUAAAGAUUAUAUCCUGUGUGUAUGUAUGUAAUGUAUGUAUGUGUAUAUAUAUAUACAUAUAUAUAUAUAUGUGUAUAUAUAUGUGUAUAUAUAUGUGUAUAUAUAUAUGUAUAUAUAUGUGUAUAUAUAUAUAUAUAUAUAUAUAUAUAUAUAUAUAUAUAUAUAUAUAUAUAUAUAUAUAUAUAAUCAUUAAUUAUGUUCAUGCUCAGAAUUGUUUACUGGGUAAAUGUAACUGAAAAUUGAAGUAGAUGCAAUUGCUGAGCACUUGCUCACCAUCUACAUUGCAGUAUAAUGGAUAAAUAUUUAAUUACCUAUCAAGAUCAUGUAAUCUGUUGUGCCUUAAGGAGAGGACAUGUAGUGUGUUAUCUAGGAACUCUUUGAAUGUUCUAUGACAAAAACAGUGCUAUACAACCAUACUGGUCUCGCUUCAUGCAGGUCGGCAUUCAAUCCCCGACCAUCCAAGUGGUUGGGGCACCAUUCCUUUCCCCCUUCCCACCCCAAAUCCUUAUCCUGACCCCUUCCCAGUGCUAUAUAGUCGUAAUGGCUUGGCGCUUUCCCCUGAUUUACCUUACCAUUACUAAACCAUCAUGGUUAUUAUACAUGUUCACUAAAUGAGAAAUGUCCCAGAACACAAGUAGCAUUAUUGACAGUGUAGGAAGUGAAACGUUCUCAACAGGUGCCUUACCUAAGACAGGCGGAGGAAAAGAUGGGUCAUUUCUUAGCAAGUAGAUUGCUUAUCAUAUAAAAUGACACGCCUGCAUCCUACAAACUUUUUAAUAAUAUUCUUCAUUAUAACUGCAUGACUGGUAGAGAGUAAUCCCCACCUCACAUGACUGGUAGAGAGUAAUCCCUACUCCAUGUGACUGGUAGAGAGUAAUCCCCAUCCCACAUUACUGGAAGAGAGUAAUCCCCACCUCACAUGACUGGUAGAGAGUAAUCCCUACUCCAUGUGACUGGUAGAGAGCAAUCCCCACUUUGUGACUAGUAGGGAGUAAUCUCCACUCCACAUGACUGGUAGAGAGUAAUCCCCACUCCACAUGACUGGUAGAGAGUAAUCCCCACUACAUGUGCCUGGUAGAGAGUAAUCCCCACCCCACAUGACUGGUAGAGAGUAAUCCCCACCCUACAUGACUGGUAGAGAGUAAUCCCCACUCCACAUAAUUGGUAAUCCCCACUCCACUUGACUGGUAGAGAGUAAUCCCCACCCCACAUGACUGGUAGAGAGUAAUCCCCACCCCAUAUGACUGGUAGAGAGUAAUACCCACUCCACGUGACUGGUAGAGAGUAAUCCCCAUGAGGUAUUGACUCACUGGGACCAGUAAAGGGUAAUCCCUGCCUUCAUGCACAUAAUAGGUUCUGCAGAUACCAUUCUACUUUGUAAGUAAAAUUAAUACUUUGAAAGUAAUACUAUAGAUACUUAAAAAAAAAAAAUGUCCACAGUAUAGUCGGUAGAGUGGUGGGUUCGUGUUUUUGCAACCCUAGUUCGAAGUUUCAAUAAUCCAGGUGAUUGAAAUGUGAUUACCUACAUUAUUGUGGUUUCUCAGCAAAUUGUAAUAAAAUAAUGAUGAGAUUUUAAAAUAUAAUACUGUAUUCAUAUACUGCUGUAUUCAUAUACUGCUGUAUUCAUAUACUGCUGUAUUCAUAUACUGCAUAAUACUCGCAAUAUGAUUAUUUGUUGGUCAGCUUUGAAAUGCACAUUUGUCUGGUUUUGCUAUUACUGUAAGAAAAAAGUGAAUAGCUUCCUUGUGGAUUUCAGGUUUGUAAAUUAUGUGGUCUUGUCAUCCAUGAGACAACGUAUUUAUGUGGCCUCUUUAUUGUGUAUGGUUGUGAUAGUAAAAACUGUUCAAUGUGACACCACAAGGUACUCUGUAGUGUUGUAAAACUCUGCUCUGUUGUUUAAUUACUUCUCAUGUAUAUACUUUUUUUUUCACCCCAUUAUGACCCCUGUCUUCCCCCACACAGUUUUCUCAUCUGGUUCAGUUGCUCUCACUGAAGAGUUAUUGCCAUUAUUGCAUUCGUUAAACUAUUUUUUUUAAUGCAAAUUGAUCAAAAUGUUAUUACAAUUCUUAUCUCUAAAGCCUCUUUAUAUCAGGAAAAAUUAUUGAAGUUCAUUAUUUUAUGCAACUUUAGAAAAACUACUACAGAUGUACAGCAAUGCUUAUCAACCUCUAAUAGAUAAUAACUAAUCAUAUAUCACCAAAGGGUUUGUCUUCAAGUAUAUAAUAACUGAAGUACACGAGACAUUCAGUCCUGUAGUCAGUCAUAGGUUGGAGGUGUUUAUUUUGACAUUCUUCAGUGAAGGUGUCUGGUAUGGUGUCAGUAUGGCAUAGAUUACUACCACUGUUGAAGGCCUUUAAUUAUAGUGCACUUGUGAUAUAAUGGAUCCAUCUUCACUAGUCAUGACAAUUGUCUGAUACUAUUUGGACCUGGAAUUUUAUAACAAUGGUAUAUCAUAAGGACAGUUAUGUUUGAAGUAAAUUAGUUGAAAAGUUUGUUUGGAUAAUGAAGGACAAUUUAUUUGCAUUCUCAAAAGUAAAUUACUUAGUAUGCCAAGUGUUUUUUAGUAUUUCUAAUUUUUUAUUUGAAAGUUUCUGUAUAAUAAAGUAGUAUAUAAGAUAAUAAUGCAAACUUUAAAUUAUAGGGGGUGAUUUUCUUUCUUAACCAGGAUACAAUUUGUUUUAUUAGCUCUGCAGAUUCCUGUCAGUGCAGUCUGAUUUGUUGUUGCCAUUUAUUUUACUCAGAUUUUGUUUCUCUCAAUGACAGACCUGAGUGUCAAUGUGAAUAACUACAGAAUUGAAGAUCUAGAAAAUAAUUUUUGGGGAUUAACUGUAUGUAUCCUCGAUAAAAGUUGUCACAUGGGGCCACUGCUGUAAAUCUGGCUCUUUAAUACAGUACUAAGGCAGUACGUGGUACAAGACUCUUGUACCACAUAUGUAAUUGUGGUACAUAAAUACUAUUUGUUUCAAGAUUUUUAUGAUCCAUGCUGUUUUGUUCAAAGAUGAGACUUCAUUCCUCUAGGAUUAGUUACUUAACUUUCCGUGUCCUGUAUCAUCAAUAUGUGGACUCGGGAGGCCACAGCACCACACGUGUACGAAGUAAUGUAUUCUAGUUAAAACCGACUAGUGUGUAUAAGUGACUGUAGAAAUAAAGAAAGAAAAAAAUGUAUUGUGCAUUAUAGACAUUUAUUCCUGAGCAAAUAAUAGUUUAAAUUUGCAAUUUAAUUGUUAAAUUCUAACAUAUUUCAGUGUACGUGUAUGUACUGUACAUGUAUACUAUUGUAAGGAUUAGUUCUUAAUGCAUGUGAUAUUAUUGCACACAUCACCAAGAUAUUUAUGGAACUUAAAAACAUUAGUGUUUAAUUGUAUAAGUUCAAUGUAGUAAAAUAUGGAAUGAGAUGAUAAAUCAUGGAUAGUCAUAGCAAUGGAUUAAUACAACAUAUACAAAUUUGGUAAAUAAAGAAGGGGAUAGAAUGUAUUGAAUUGUCUUGAAAAAGUAAAAUGUAUAUAAUUUAAAUGAAAGGUAUAUUUUUUUGCAUUAUUAAAAAAAUUAACAUUAAA